UUUUGCUACACAAGAGCGAACAUUUCAACAUAAUGUGACGUCACUUGUGUAGCAACAACGAAGCGUCACAUGUUGAAUUAGUAAUACACUAUCAGGACUUACCUGAGCGCAAGCCGAUAUAAAUUUAAAGGCCUCAGCAGGAAAUCCACAAUCCGUAGUUAACCAGCAAGGCUUGCACAUCGUGUGUACUAUAUAAGCGCUCCAGCUGUAUACAGUUAAGCUCCCGGAUGGCCUAGUGAAUCCUGUUGGCCAUUACAAGAUAAUUGCAUUGCAUGAUACAAACUACGAUGGAAAGAAACCCCUUUGACUUGGACCCAGUGCUGGAAAAUUCUGUGGACAUCCAAGAACUUUUCGACAACUCCACUCAGGUGAAUGACGAAACAUUAGAGAAGCUUAUCUUGGAUAUUAAAUCUAAUGACAUUGUCCAGAGUGUAGCUGGAAGCGAAGACUUGACUACUCUUGUGAACGCUGCCCCGGUCACAGUGCAGGCUCAGCCCGUGCCUGAUCAAUCUCUUAUUGCCCAGCUCAGCAGCUUUGACAACCUUGAGUUUGUGCUCAAUCCGGAGCAGGUGUCGUCCUGUUUACAAUCUGUCAGAGAAACUCUUCAUUCCACCGGGUCAGCGGGAUCUGACGAUCUCGACCACUCAUCAUCCGGGUCAUACGUAGAUUCAGACGCCUCAGACCAGGACCUUUCAUCACUUGUGACCCCGCCCCCAAGUCCCAUGGAUGUGGAGUACGUUCCCCGUCCCCGGGGACGACCAGGAAGGAAGCCGUCCGCGGGCGGACCGGUGAAAAAGAAGAGGCAGCCUGAAAAAGGUACUCGUGAAUAUUUUGAAAAAAGAGCUAGAAACAAUCUUGCAAUUCGUAAAUGUCGUGAAAAAGCUAAGCUAAAACAAGUUGAAAUGGAAGAGCGAAUGCAAUAUCUUGAAUCUGAAAAUGUGCAACUGAAAGGAAAACUAGACGCCAUGUCCAAACAGCUUGAACUUUUGAAAAACUUUGUGAUCUCAAAUGGUGCCAAUCUUCCAGAAAACAUUGCAAAAGUAGCGAAGAGCUGACAGGAUUUAAGUUCAAUCAUUCAUCCGUUGACAAUCGAACUAUGUUGUGCAUUUUGUGAUGCUCCAUUUAGACUUAAUAUUUUGUACUUUUUCUAUAUUGUUAACGAGAUAUUGUCGGUAUUACAAGAUGUCACUUCUAAAUCAUUAUCUCUAAAAUGGCAAGCAAUUUUCAUAUCAUUUUACAUAUUAAAGAGAAUUACGUGCAUGCAGUCAGCCUGAACGCUGCCCCAAUUCUUAACCUACACCCAAGUUACCCUAAAUCCUCGUCACGAUUUUUCUUGUUGAGAGGAGGCAGUCAUGCAGAACCUAUUAUUCCUACCUGUAAAUGCCUGGGCUAAUCGAUGAAGUAUAUUGUCGAUGUGAAUAAUUGGAACGCGUCUUAUUUUUUAUAACAAAAGGCCUUGAAAAAUCAACAGUUAAAAUCGCCAGUGGGUAUUAGUUACAGAGCUGACCGUGGUUUUUUACUGCAUGUGGCAUUAUCAUGAUUAUUAUACACAGUGUAAAUAUUUUACUCUAGAACUGCGAGCAGUUCGUCCUUUACAUGAUGUACAAUGUUUUUUUUUUUUUUUAAUAUAUAUUUCAGUAGACCUGAAGUGUUAUUUUAUAAUAAACUGGCUAUGCAUUCAUUGUCUUUUGAUGCAAUGGUUGGCACAGUCUUAUGUUAAUAAAUUAUGUUCAAUAAUUGAAAA